CAUGAUGCGACCGGCGCAGCGGGCGGAGUGCUUUCGCACCGUUUCUAAGCCGGCGAUCUGCUGGUCGCGGCUAACACCCGGGUAUCUCUUGUCACGCCACCGUGCCGCGACGUUAAGAUAAACGCUGCAGUUACAGCUGACUGAUCGGAGCGUGUGUAAGGUGGGUUAAGUCUCCCCCGCGCAGAGACCCCGGAGAGCGGCGUGGUGUCCACCUUCAUGACGACAGCGGCCGCACCACCAUGUACCGCAAGAGGGAGCGCACGCAGAACUGGUCGCUGGAGGAGAAGAUGUACCUCCUUCAGCUGGUCAAGUCACGCCUCGACGUACUGGAGAACAAGCGCAUCGACUCGGCCUCCAGCGCGAUGAAAGGCAUGGCCUGGCAGGAUAUCCACGCGGCGUUCGCGGCGAGGUUCGGGAACGACCGCGACGCGCACCGGGUGCGGGAGCAGUGGCGCCGCAUGAAGGGCCAGGCCCGCACCGAGAUGAUGGAGUUCGCCGAGCGAGUGCGGAACUACGGCGCCGAAGUGGCCGGCCAGCGCUGGCCCUCCGCGCUCUCCGAGGACGUGUGGAAGACCCUGGAGAGCGCCAGGAAGGUCGACGACUACCAGCAGGGUCACGGGAUAGGGGAUGACGUCGGCAGUCCCAUAACCAUGGACGACGAGGAGGAGGACGCAGACGACAUGCUGGACUACACCGACAGCAGAGUCCAGCACCACGACAGGCUCAUGGAGAAAGGAGAUAUCAAAACGGAGCCGGACGAUGGCGAGCGCUUCGAACGGCUGGUCGAUAAUCUCCGACACCACGUGGACCAGCACAUGGACCACCAGGAUGCUGCCGUGGAGGACGGCGCCGGGCUCAUGAGCAUGCUCAGGCCCAAGGUGGAGCUCAACGACGUACCUGACUUGGACACAUCGAUGGUUCCCUCCGGACUAUCCAUUACGGCCGUGAACUUGGCGGGCGGCAGCGGCCCCAACAAGAGGCGGUUCCUGGACCGCCAAGCCGAGCAUCUGCCCGCCAGAAACAACCAUCAGACCAACCACACCUGGGACUCCCCCGCGCCGCCGAUGCAGCAGCAGCAGCUGCAGCAGCACCGCGGCGACCACCACGGCCUGUCGGCGCACGGCAGCGCCGGCGGCGCCCGGUCUGCGGCGACGCCCAUGGCCCGGGCCGCGCGGUCCGGGACGCCGCAGCAGCAGGCCAACAACCACACCGCCUCCGCCCUGGAGGGCAGGCGGCUGGAGAGCCGGCGGCGGCUGGAGAUGCUCGAGGAGGAGCACGCCGCAAAGAUGGCUCUCUUGCGAGUGGAGAAGGAGACGGCGGAGGUCCGAAGAAGAAUCGCCCUGCGGGACGAGAGGGUCGGCGCCGGCGAGCUCACGUGCAGGACGUGUGAGCGGGCAGGGGGCGCGGGCUCGAGGGAGCGCGACGUGGGGGGUGAGACGGACGCGACCACGAAGCAGUCCCGGGGGUCGCCGCUGCCACACCACGGCCACCUCCUCACGACUGCCAAGAGCGACGCUGGCGAGGAUCCUGACCCUGACCCCGACAACGUCGCCGACGCCAGCGUCCCCAGCAGCGUCGCCUCGGUGGGGGACGAGGCGAGCACGGACAACAGCAGCGGGGGCGGCGACCCGGCGGACCCGAGCCACCCCCGCGGCGUCAACGGCUCUGCGGGGCACGACCUGGACCAAGUACGAUUUGCCGGUGGACUGGGUGAACCUGGUAGCGGAGCUGGUAAGGGUGGUGGCAGCGGUGGCUCCAUUAGGGAAGCUGGUGGAUCAAUGGGCAAGCGAGAGGCUGCCUUUGAAGACGAAUAUUUCUACAAGCAGCAAAAAGAACAGUUGAAAAAACUUAAGUCUGACCUGGCUGAUGAGAUUGGUUUCCAUGAGGAGCAGAUCAAGCGCCACCAAGAGGCCAUUGCUCGCCACAAGCAACGUGUCAAUGAUCUUGACAAGGACAAGUGAGGUACUUGGUCCUUGUUUUCAGACUAUUGUCAAGUUCUGAUUUCAAUUUGUCACAACCAUCCUAUUUUCCACUUUUGCAUUAGACAUGCCAGCCUGUGACACAUAGUAUUUAUCAAUGUUUCCUUUUACAUUUUGUGUUUAUUUUCUGUUGUUCUGAGGCUAACGUGAUACUUGUGUUUUGUUGACAGUUAAAAUGUCAUGUGAAUUUUAUGGCUUUGUACUCAGUAGAUAUGAAUAAAGAAAGUUGCAGUUAUGUAUUUUA